AGGCCGACCAGCCCUGAGCCUUAGGCCAGGGGAAUGGCAGCCCCCCUGGACCCCCCAGAACAGGCCCCUGGGGAGGGAGAAGGGCUUCUGAUCGUGAAGGUGGAAGACUCCUCCUGGGAGCAGGAAUCUGCCCAGCAAGAGGACAGCAGGGAUUCUGAGGCUUGCCGCCAGCGCUUCCGGCAGUUCUGCUAUGGAGAUGUGGGUGGGCCUCACGAGGCCUUCAGCCAGCUCUGGGAGCUCUGCUGCCGCUGGCUGCGGCCUGAACUGCACACCAAGGAGCAAAUCCUGGAGCUGCUGGUGCUAGAGCAGUUCCUGACUGUGCUGCCUGGGGAGAUCCAGAGCUGGGUGCGCGAGCAGCACCCGGGGAGUGGUGAGGAAGCUGUGGCCUUGGUGGAGGACCUGCAGAAGCAGCCAGUGAACGCCUGGCCACAGGCUGUGCCUGCAGAGGAGGUGGAACCCGAGGCUGCAGUCCAGAGAUCCCAGGCCAUGGUGGGAGCAUGGAGCCAGCCGCCUGUACCCCAGGAGCAGCACAACCAUGGUGCCCAGCAUCCUGCUCUUCCUAAAGAGUGGAGUACCAGAGAGAUGACAGAUGCCUGCUUUGCCUCUGGGGUCCACGAACCUAUGGCAUUAGGAGACAUUCCCUUCUACUUCUCCCGGGAAGAAUGGGGCUCCCUGGACCCUUCUCAGAGGGAUCUCUUCUGGGACAUAAAGCGGGAGAACUCCCGGAACACCGCCCAGGGUUCAGCAUUUGGAAGCCAAAACGAGAGGUCGCAACUGAAGGAGGGGGUGACGGCAUUGCCAGGCCAGGUGUGUGGCGACGUGACCGUGUCCUGGAGCCCUGAGGAGGCUGAAGCCUGGGAGAGUGAGAACCGGCCGGGUGCGGCCCUGGGCCGGGUGGCCGGGGCGCGGCAGGGGCGGCCACCCACGCGCCGGCGCCAGUUCCGGGACCUGGUGGCCGAGAAGCCACACAGCUGCGGCCAGUGCGGGAAGCGCUUUCGCUGGGGCUCGGACCUGGCGCGCCACCAGCGCACGCACACGGGCGAGAAGCCGCACAAGUGCCCCGAGUGCGACAAGAGCUUCCGCAGUUCCUCGGACCUGGUGCGCCACCAGGGCGUGCACACGGGCGAGAAGCCUUUCUCGUGCUCUGAGUGCGGCAAGAGCUUCAGCCGCAGCGCCUACCUGGCCGACCACCAGCGCAUCCACACCGGCGAGAAGCCCUUCGGCUGCAGCGACUGCGGCAAGAGCUUCUCGCUGCGCUCCUACCUGCUGGACCACCGGCGCGUGCACACUGGCGAGCGGCCCUUCGGCUGUGGCGAGUGUGACAAGAGCUUCAAGCAGCGUGCCCACCUCAUCGCGCAUCAGAGCCUGCACGCCAAGAUGGCCCAGCCCGUGGGGUGAGCGGCUGGCUUGGACCCGAGGCCGUGCAGCCAGGUGCGCGCUUCCGGUGAGGCCUGGCUGCCGCGCGACCUUGGGGAUUCUCCACCCCUCCGCGUCGUACACUCAGAACUCGCCUGCCCUGCGGACCUGCCCCCACUGAAGGGAACGGAGUUCCUUCCAGCCGCGUCUUUUCCCUUCUGCGCAUGGGUCGGUCUUCCCCUCCAGUUUCCUGGAGCCCAGCCCAGCAGUAGCGCCGGCGCAGCAGGGUGGCUGAGGACUCAGGCAGGGCCUAGGUUCCCUUUCCAGAAGCCCCCUCAGCCUCGCUCCCGUGGCUCUUUGUCACCUGCCUUCUGUGUGCGUCUGCGGGCCAAGCCCUUUUCCCUGCCAACCUGUGCCUUCCAGUGGGGUGGAGGACUGGCCUUGACACCCCCCCAGGGGGCUGCUGGACUUGGGGAGGGACAGUGGCUUACACCUAGUAGAGUCUGGGUCCUGGGCGUGGCCCCGGGGCUCCACCUCUCCCAUUUGCAGGCUAUGACCACUCUGUCCCGGCCAUUGCUCUCAGCCCCCGAGAGCCACCCACCCACCCGUCUGGUGAGGGUGGUGGUGCUCCAGCUACAGGGGGCCCACCCCAGAGAGCAGGAAUGGGGCGCUGGCUGCUGCCCGCUCCUCCAGAGGCGCGGCCUCAUGUACUUAACACUAGCACUCCAUCAGCACUUUGCUGCUGACUCCUCAGCACUGUAGUCCGUGUUUCCCAUCUGCAUCGUUUGCAGAUUUGUGUUGACAGGGACGGACCACAAGCCCUUGGAAGAGGCUCAGCCCUUGGGCCUCAAGAGGGUUUGAAUAAAUGUGGAAACCUGC